AUGGCUCGUCAAAAUACCCUUAGCAAGGCUCUUGUAGGCCUGCUGCCUUUCGCUUCAGCAGCUUCACUCAACUCCGAGUACACCUUCAAUCCUCUUCACCACCUCGCGGGUAUCGCUCCCUACUUCGAGCCCCAAGAUCCUCCCGCUUCUCCCGACGCGCCCCAAGGCUGCACCCCCGAGCGCGCUGCGUAUCUCGUGCGACACGCUGCCAUCUACGCCAACGAUUUUGACUUUGAGGAGUACAUCGAGCCAUUCAUUGAGAAAGUUCAGAACAAAACCAAGAUCGACUGGAGCAAGAUUCCUUAUCUGAACUUUCUGGACGAUUGGGAACCUCCCAUUUCUGAUGCUGAGGUAUCACUUUUGACCAACGUGGGAAGACUAGAGGCUACACGAUUGGGCGUUGAUCUGGAGUUCCGAUACCCAGACUUCAAGCAGCCCAAGAAGGUCUGGACUUCGUCCGCCGAACGAACCGUCAAGUCGGCUCAAUCUUUUGUCCGUGGUCUUGAGUCCGACGAUAAGUCGAUCAAGGUCGAGACCAUUUACGAGUCAGAGGAAUCUGGUGCCGACAGCUUGACUCCCUACAAGGCCUGCCCCGCCUACGAUGGCUCCACCGGCAGCGAUGAGGCCGAAGUCUACCAGAAGAAGUACGCCAAGCCAAUCGUCGAUCGCUUCAACGCGCUUGCAUCAGAGUUCAACUUCACCGUCAACGAUAUUUUCGGCAUGCAGCAGCUUUGUGGCUACGAGACUGUUACUCGCGGCAAGUCGCCGUUCUGUAACCUUGAGCUCUUCACUCCCGAUGACUGGCUUGGCUGGGAGUACUCCGAGGACGUGCGAUAUCACUACAACGCUGGUUACGGCAACCAGAUCUCUGGUUACGUCGGUAUGCCUUGGCUCAACACCACAGCUGGUCUCCUCCUUGGUGAUGACUCCGAUGAAGAGCUUUACGUCAGCUUUACCCACCGUGAACUACCUCCCAUGGUCCUUGUCGCUAUGGGUCUCUUUAACAACUCCGAACCCGCCAGUACAGAAUCUCAGAUCAACGACACCAUGCCUCUGAGCAAGAUCAACUACCGUCGCGCCUGGAAAAGCUCUCACGUGUUGCCCUUCCUGAGCAACAUCGCCAUCGAGCGCCUCAACUGCACCAACACCUACGGAUAUGAAGAUGGAGAGUACUACCGUGUUUUAGUCAACAGUGCGCCCCAGGCUCUACCUUCGUGCGAAGACGGACCCGGAACAAGCUGCACCCGAAAGAGUUUCGAGGAGUAUGUGCAGGACAGAGUCGAAAAGUUUACCGGCUUCUCUGAAAAGUGUGGAGUGGAGUACGAUAACUCUACUGAUAUUCUGUCCAUUUACAACAAUUAA